AGAAGGGGAUAGAUCAAAAAAGCUGUUCGGAGUUGGGAAGGGGUUUAGGAAGAAGGAUGUGUCUGUACUGCGUUGUUUUUGAGGCAUUAACUUAAAAAGAAAAUAUUGUUUGAAAACAAUGACCAUAUGACAACAGGAAAGAACAAAUUGCUUUCCUGACCAAAUGUUUGAAGCAGCUUAUGGUACAUGCUAGUUUAAAAUUACUAUUUUUAAACAUCGCUACAACUACACCACCACACAGCUAUAAUCUGGUUUGUUAACGUAUCUUUUCAGUAACAUUGGAGAGUGAAGACGGGACCCUGAAGGAGACGUUCGACGGGUUUGGAAAGGAUCAACCAUUACUGAAUUCAUUCAAGAAAGAGAGAAAGAGUGAUCUGCAUGAGAUAGCCUCUGCUAAAAGUGGCAGAAAAGGCUGUGCAGGAUCUAUUCUAUGGAGGAGGAAGAUCUGAUGAUGCUCCAGCUGCUUCUACUUGCCUGCUUUACAUCCCAUGCUGCCAAUCAACUCCCGACAAAACAAAAGUCAUCCAUUAAGUUUGAUCCUUCCCAGCUUAUCUGCAGUGCACCUGGACCUCCAGGAGUUCGUGGGCCUCCAGGCUAUCCUGGACCUCCAGGCCCCAUUGGACGAAUGGGAUUCCCUGGAAAAGAUGGUAUGGAUGGGAAAGAUGGUCAAAAGGGAGAGAAAGGAGAAGAAGGUGACAGAGGAAAAGAAGGAAAAAGUGGAAAACCUGGAAUGAAGGGAAUACGGGGAGCUAUUGGCAAAGCAGGCCCCCGAGGACCAAGGGGUCUUAGAGGUGUUCAGGGUAGUAAAGGAAUACGUGGACCAAAAGGCACUAAUGGAAACAAUGGUGAACCUGGUUGGCCCGGAAUCUGCAAAUGUGGCACUAACACAGCAAGAUCUGCCUUCUCUGUAGCCAUCACCCAUAGCUAUCCCAAGGAACGCAUGCCCAUCAAAUUUGAUAAGGUUCUUUUAAAUGAAGGAGGACACUAUAAUGUUUCCAGUGGAAAAUAUAUAUGUGAUAUACCUGGCAUUUACUACUUCUCCUAUGAUGUGACCUUGGCUAAUAAGCACCUUGCUAUUGGGCUGGUGCACAAUGGUCAAUAUCGUAUAAAGACCUUCGAUGCUAACACUGGUAACUAUGACGUGGCUUCUGGUUCGACUAUCAUGUACUUGAAGCGUAAAGAUGAAGUCUGGCUGCAGAUUUUUUAUUCUGAACAGAACGGCCUGGUCUAUGAUCGUAACUGGGCUGAUAGCUUAUUUACCGGCUUUAUGAUUUACGUUGACCAGGACUAUCUCAACGAAAUUGAUGAAGAACUAAUCUUCUAGGAAGCCCAUUCUUUAUACCAUGAUGGACGUCCAAAAAUGCUGCAAUAGUUUGUUCAACCUGUUUAUAAAUACCCUUUUCUGGAAUUUACUGUCAGUGAUAACAGCCAUCACCCUAACAAAGUAACAAUACCUCGAUCACAAGAGACAAAAGAAUGCCACAAGGAACAAGAAGGUUUUUAAGUAACAUAUUUUCUGAGCAGAUACAUUGACAAGUUUACAUUUAGCACCCACGCCGGUUAUCCCUAGAAAAUAACAAUGGUCCUAAAUGAUAUUUUUCAGAACAGAAUGAUUUGUAGGGCUGUUUUGGAGGCCACAGUAUCAGCCGAUGAAUGUGGCCUGGAACCGUUUGAAGAUCUACCUGGGUCUUCCAAUUUCACCCUGAAGAAAAAAAUGAAUUAUUUAGGAUUUUACAACUAUCUGGCAGCUUUCAAUGUGAUUAUUUCUUGAAUAAUGACCAUUCUUAAUUAAUCUAGCACCUAACCCAGCUCACGGAAGGCAUGCUGUAAUUUUUUUGCCACUCUCUGCCUUGACUGUCAGUGAAAUUUUGACUUGCAUUGAAUAGUUUCCGUGAGAAAGAACAAUAUCCACUUUUAAGAUCACUGAUUUUGAGGAGAAUGGGAGGUGGGUUGUGGGUGCUUUGGAUUAAGAGGAAGGAAACAAGUACCCACUUGUGUGCUGAUGUUGUGCUUCAUUUCAACUCUGAGUAGCUAGGAGGUCUGAAAGGGACACCGGAAUUAUUUAGAAAAACACACCAUUGGGGUUUCUAUGAUGCAAUUAAGACUGUGGCUACAUCCACACUAGACCGGAUAAAUCCAUAAUCCAAGCUUUUUCUCUUCGUUUUGACCCUCCGUCCACACUGAAAUGGCGUUUUCCUCCCCCGAAACGGAGAUUUUCUGAAACGCCCUCCAGAGUGUAUAAAUUUGAAAACACUGAUUGUGCAGAGCAGUGUGUGUGUGGGGGGGGGGGGUAAACGGAUAUUUUUAAAAACGCUGUCAUGACGUGCUGGAACAGAUGGCCGCAGCGCGGCAUUUCGUUGUUUUCUUGAACGCAACUCCCCCACACAACCCAACAAUAUCAGAACAGACAGCAACGAGACUGAAGCCAGAAGAGUUAGAAAUGUACUCACCAAAUACUUUGACCCAUUGCUUACUGAAUAAAUAACUAUACUCACUUUGCCCUGUUUUCUGUCCUUGCUUGUAUGAAGGUGGUUUACCUUUUUAUGCAAGUACUUCUCUGACAAUAGAUGUGUAACAGCCUAAUGUAACCUUGUAUGGAAAUACAAGAUAACACUGAUGCAGACAUGUUUUAUACAUUUAACAAGGUGCUUUAUUAAUGCAACAGAGUUAGUUAGUUUUUCAAUGUUCGUCGUCAGCCAGGUCAUACUGUCCGUGAACUCCCCGUCGGUUGCCUCCAUACGCUCCAGUAUUUGUUUUUUUUAGUUUUAAGUCCUCCUGCGUGACAACCAAGAGCAAUUCCUUUUAAGUUUUUCUAGUCUGUAACUGGACAAAUGCGCACUAAGUAUACUGUUUCCUCUUCGCUUGUUUUCUGUGUGUCCUGCGCAUGCCCAGUAGAGGAGAUUCACCCAAAUAUCCGUUCUAAUGUAGACGGAGAUAUUUUUAAAAAUGUCUGGUGUGGACACCUAUCAUUUUUAUGCGAAACCAGCGUUUUCUAAAUUAUCCGGUCUAGUGUGGAUGUAGCCUGUGUGUUUGUUGGGUUUAAUAGAGAUUCUAAUUGAUAAGCAGAAAUAGGGAUAAGCAAGGUCAACAGCAGUCUUAAACGUACCUUGACUGGUUGUCUUUCUCCUCCACUGCAACUUUGCUCAUUCUCAUUUUCCACCAAACAUUCUGUAUCAUCUGACCUUAUGCUCUUUUCUGCCACCCAGUUGGUGAUUUCAGUUAGGAGUCCAAUCACAGGCAAUGGAAGUGACAUUUAAAUCUCUCUGGGCUUCAUGUGACAGCCAGGGUAUGAUCUGAUGACAUUUCCAAGCACCCAUGCUUGUACGUGGGACUGCAAAGAUUAUGUUUGAACUGUCAAUCUCAAGGCUUGUGCUCCUACUUUGAAAAGUACACUACGAAUAUUCCGUUAUGACCAAUAUAGCAUGGUUGGAUAUAUAAUCAUGGUAAUGUAUUCACGUACUAAACAACAGCACCAUAUAGCAUCAGGAGUUGGACACAAAUACACUUUUGGUAGAAUAGGAAAAAAAAUCCCAAAUUUGACUUCAUACCACUUUGACUCAGAUUUCUAACUCAGGUAGAAAUCUUGACUUUUUACUUUUACUCUGGCCUUACUAUGUUUUAUUAAAAUGUAUUAUGACGUGCAGUAGGAGUCUAUUCACUUGAUGUGGUGCUGCAUUGAUAUGUGUAUAUUCUGGAAUUGUGAAAUGUUUGCAAUGGAGACAUGGAAUUGAGGAACAUUUGAUUACAGAUGGUAUCCAUUAGGAAACAUGAUAGAAACGUUGACAUUGCUGUGUAAGGACAUAAACAUGUUGAAACUUGAAAUAAAGAACAUUUAU